CUUUACACCGUGACGCACUAGCCUUUUAUACAUUAACCAUGGCCGCUGCUAUGCCUGUUAGCGGGUCGGGCGUCCGCCUGCCCACCCGCACAUUAUCUGCCGCCAGCACUAGCCGCAUGGCGUUCGGAUUCCCCAGCGUCUCUCGGACACCAACUCGCAGUGUUACGACCAUGGCUGCUAAGGUCACUGGCAAGAUCAAGCUAGCUUUGCCAGCUGGAAAGGCGAACCCUGCUCCUCCUGUUGGCCCUGCUUUGGGUUCAAAGGGUGUGAACAUCAUGGCCUUCUGCAAGCAAUACAAUGCCGAGACGGCAAAGAUGAUCGGCGAUAUCAUUCCUGUGGAGAUUACCGUUUACGAGGAUCGCAGCUUUACGUUCAUUCUUAAGACGCCACCGGCUUCCAUUCUCCUGAAGAAGGCAGCUGGCAUCGAGCGCGGCGCCGGCAAGCCCAACAAGGAGGUGCUGGGCCAGGUGACUCGCAAGCAGGUGGCGGAGAUCGCGGCGAAGAAGCUGCCGGACACCAACGCUACGCAGCUGGAGUCGGUGGCGCGCAUGAUUGAGGGCACGGCGAAGAACAUGGGCAUCAAGGUGGUGGAUUAAAUAUAAUAAGUUAAGCCUUUGGAUAGCCUCCAACUCCUUUUAAUUGAGAGAUUGGGAGGAAACCUGGAGCAGGAGCGGGGGAGCAGGAGUGGGCUCCGGGGGCUCAUAAAGGGACGUGACGGGGCGCGGGUGUGGUGUCCUCGCGCAUGCAUGCGAGCAUGUGGGCUGGGAUGUCGUACGAGGCUGUACGGUGUUUCGAGUAUAGGUGUAGGAGAAGGAGGGGGGAAGAGUAUGGGAGAGGGGCAUGGCGUGGAUGGCUUUCUCUUUGGUAAAAGCAGGACUCACCAGCCAUAGCAGCCGAACGCGCGCCACACGUUGUACGGAGGGUACGUGCCUAGGCAGCAGCGAAGGGCGUGUGCUUUACCCCUGAACCGCCGCUGGUUGGCACCCGCACGAGGACGGCAUGUUUGCACGUACAGUGAAGUGGGGCGCUGCGAUUGGUAAGGCAUCCGCCCCACUGCAUGUCUAGCAUGUGGCGUCUCUGGAGGGGUGUGAGGGGUAUUGAUGCGGACGAGCCUGCUCAGCAGCCCAGGUUGCUGUUGCUGGGGUGUUGUGAAGACCGGAUGUGGGCUUUAGACCCUUCUAUGGCUAUUCGGCUGAGGUAACGGCCAAGCUCAUGGCUUUAGGGCCCUCACCGGAGUCCCUCGUAGCAUGGCCAUGAGGUGUUGGGUGGCCAUGGGCGUUUGUGGAAGGAGUGUUAUAUGGCGCUGGGUUGCUGUUUGGGGAAGGGAAGGAUCGCGGGUUGGACUGCUGCUGCACCGAUGUGGAAUGACGACGCAGGUCCGGGAGUCUAGAGGGACAGACUUGAACGUGAAGUGGGCUUCUGUGUGUGUCCUGCUGGCCGCUUACCUGGUUGGCGGAUUGGACAUCGGGCUUUUUUUGUGGUUGUACAACAAGAGAGGAUGCUGCGCAGUUUUCCCGGGGGGAGGUCGCCCAAGGCCGAUUCUCCCCUUGCGUCUUGCAUAUCUUGACAUCCGUCAGACUAUGUGGACGUAUGAACGUUAUUGCGGCGUGUGCUUGCAAGGAUCGUGCCGUUCUACUAGGCCGGAACGCAAUUUUGAGUUCAAGCGUGAAGGCAGUGGUGGGCGGACCGUCCGCGUAUUAUAGACUGACGGAUACCGGGCCUUUGUCAUGUGCUGAUUUGGAGGCAUGGGUAUGUAAACGUCUUGGUCUUG